AUGGCAGAAAAACCAAUGCGUAUGUCCACACAAAUACCUGAUGAUGAAGAUACACAGAAAGAAGAUAAUAUCCGUUGCUUAACUAUGCUUGGUCAUUUUGGUUUUGAUUGUUUGCCUCAUCAGUUGGUGAACAAAUCUGUUCAACAAGGAUUCUUUUUUAAUAUUCUCUGUGUGGGGGAAACUGGGAUUGGAAAAUCAACCUUGAUUGACACACUGUUCAAUACUAAUUUGAAAGACAAAAAAUCCUCACAUUUUUACUCAAAUGUUGGACUUAAAAUUCAGACAUAUGAACUUCAGGAAAGCAGUGUCCAGUUGAAAUUAACUGUUGUGAAAACAGUGGGGUAUGGUGAUCAAAUAAACAAGGAAUCCAGCUACCAGCCAAUUGUUGACUACAUAGAUGCUCAGUUUGAGUCCUACCUUCAAGAAGAAUUGAAAAUUAAACGUUCUUUUGCUGAUUAUCACGAUUCCCGUAUCCACGUGUGCCUUUACUUCAUUUCACCUACUGGACACUCUCUGAAGUCCCUUGAUCUGUUAACCAUGAAGAACAUUGACACUAAGGUGAACAUUAUACCACUGAUUGCCAAAGCAGAUACCAUUUCUAAAAAUGAUUUACAGAAAUUUAAGUGUAAGAUAAUGAGUGAAUUGGUUAGUAACGGCAUCCAGAUAUACCAGUUCCCAACAGAUGACGAAGCUACCGCUCAAAUGAACUCCUCCAUGAAUGGACUCUUACCUUUUGCCAUAGUAGGAAGUAUGGAUGAAGUGAAAGUUGGAAAAAGAAUGGUCAGAGGCCGUCAGUACCCUUGGGGAGUUUUGCAAGUGGAAAAUGAAAAUCACUGUGACUUUGUCAAGCUGCGGGAUAUGCUGCUUUGUACAAAUAUGGAAGACUUGAAAGAGCAAACCCACACCCGGCACUAUGAACGGUAUAGGUGCUGCAAACUCCAGAAAAUGGGCUUCGUUGAUGUGGGACCAGACAACCAGCCAGUUAGUUUUCAAGAGAUCUAUGAAGCUAAAAGGCAGGACUUCUUUGAUCAAUGUCAGAGGGAAGAAGAAGAACUGAAACAGAAGUUUAUGCAGCGAGUAAAGGAGAAAGAAACAGCAUUUAAAGAAUCUGAAAAAGAGCUACAGGACAAGUUUGAGCAUCUUAAAAGAGUCCAGCAAGAGGAGACAAUGAAACUUGAGGAGGAGAGAAGACAAUUGGAAGAAGAAAUCAUAGAUUUUUAUAAAAUGAAGGCUGCCUCUGGAACACUGCAGACGCUGGUGUGCACCAAUAUAAAGAAGGACAAAGAUCGUAAGAAAUAA